CCUAAGCUUCUGUUUAGUGCAUUGUUGACAUACAUGGGGAAAUGAGAUAAAGUUACUUAUUUGUUAUAAAAAGUGGGAGGAUCAAAUCUAGUGUAUGAAUUGGUCAAGGAUUCAUGCAGUCACCCCAUUGUGUAAUCUCAUCACAGGAAGUGUUUGGAUCACUAAACUGAGCUCAAUAUCAAGGCUAAGGGUGCGUUACAAACAAAUAAUCUGACAGAACUGGCACUCCAGAGGGAAUUUACAAACGAAAUUCCACAAGAUGUGGAGCAUAGCUGCAUUGGUGUUAGUGCUGACAGGGUCUGCCUCUUGCUACAUCACGUGCCCUGGUGGGAAGGUCUGCUCUGAUCAAACAACCUGUUGUUUGACUAAAGGAGGAUAUGCCUGCUGUCCAGUUCCCAAUGCGGUGUGUUGCUCUGACAUGGCCCACUGUUGCCCGUCAGGCUUCAACUGCAAUGCCAUCACCCAGAAGUGUGAGAAAGGUGACCAUCCAUGGAGCAGUGUGCCCAUGCUGAACAAGGUGGCUGCAGAGGAACCAAGCUCUCCUGUCUCUGCUCCGCUCGAAUCGCACAGCAGCCCUGUCCAGAGCAAUGCAAUGGAGAGCUCCAUGGUCGGCAAGGUGCAAUGUGACAACUAUUAUGCUUGUCCCGAUGGCACCACCUGCUGCCACCACCCCACAGGCCUGUGGUUCUGCUGUCCUUACUCUCCUGGUAGGUGCUGUCUAGAUGGGUACCACUGCUGUCCCUAUGGCUAUGACUGUGACCCCACAUACACAAAGUGUGUGAGGUACGGCAACCUGAGGUACCCUUUUGCUCCGAGGCAGGCCCCUUCAAUGAUCGAAGCCAUCAAGGUCUCCAAACCGGAAAACAAGGUCCAUGAUCAGCAGGUCUCAUGGACAGCUCUAGUUCAGGCUACUGACAGCGCGCCACAGGCUGGAGUCACUCACUGUGACACUAAAUUCUAUUGUCCUUCUGCAACCAGCUGCUGCAAGGGACCUAAUGGCAAAUGGGGAUGUUGCCCAUUCCCACUGGACCUGAGCCCUAGGACCAUGCCUCAGAACUACCUGACAUGAUGACUCCUUGCUGUCCCCAGUCCACCUGGCCGUGCUGCUGCUCCAAUUUCAACUGUUCUGCCUUAUUAUUAUUGGACCAUGCUGGUCAUUUAUGAACAUUUGAACAUCUUGGCCAUGUUCUGUUAUAAUCUCCAC